AUGGAGCCGAGCCUUUUGGACCACAACAUGCAUCAUUCCUCCAGCAGCACCUACCCAGAGGACAGGACAGAGAAUCCUCCCUCCUUUCCACACAACAACACAUACAUCUCCUCCUCCCCUCAGUCCUCCUCUCAGUCAAGUGGUGGAUCCCUUAUCUCUACGCUCCUACAGACAACCAUAGAGAGUAAAAGAACCCUGCAGGAGAGCACCACUGCAUAUUACCCCCCAGACACUCCCAUGUCCAGCUCUGCCUUGACGAAUCUUAACCAGGUGGACCACCACAGCAGCAGUACCACCAUGGCACCUCUGUCUCCAGCCAGCCAGGCAUCCCCUGGGGCCAGUCCCACUAGAUUCAGACCCAAUGAGGCCGGGUUGACCCAGGACUGGAUGCUGGAGCUGGUUGACAGACACCAGGCCAAGCGUGCCAGAGUGGAAAACAUCAUCAGAGGCAUGGCAGGCUCUCCUCUCAGUGUUUAUUUCACAGGUGAAGGGUUUGGUGAAGGGGAGACCACUCCAACCAGUCACCUUCAGAGUGAGAUGUUAGAAAACAAGAGGAAACAGAGGGUGCCGCGGCACCAGGACCUCCCCGGGACAGGGGGCGUUAGCGGGAAGAGUACGGACGAUGGACAUACACUGAGGAAGCAGCUUCAGACCAUGCAGAGGCUCCUGGGUCAACUCCAGGCCAGGUUCAUCCAGGUCUAUGAGAAUCAGACUAAUGAGUCUGAAGAGGAGGACCACCAUAGUACUUGGAACAAAGAAUAUGUGGCGACAAAGAUAUCUCCUGGUGAUGUGUUCUUGGACCAUUACAGUGAGUUUAACAAUAAGACACCUUUAGAUAAAGGUCAUCUGGAAUGGAUGAAUAACAAGCAAACUGACUACCUUCACUCGAACCCAGACAACGAAGACAAACUCCUAGCAGACAUUCUCAAGUAUGAACUCUCCAGAGCUGUAAACUCGAGCGUUGACUCAAUUUUCAAAAACAUAUCACAUGCUUUCGUCAAGUCACCACAGCUACACGUCGAGGAUGGUGGAAUGGUGGAAACGGACGAUGAGACCGUGUUCCUCAGCUCUCGCGAGCCGGCGUCAACAUCCACCCAUGUAGACAGCAUGUCACGACUCCCCUCAUAUUCCGAGAGUGGUAUGGCCCAACAACUACCAGAGAUUCAAACCGAGGCUCUAUCUCUGGUUGUUCAAAAGCCUGCUUCAAUGACUCGCCCACGUUCUCUAAACCUGACAGUGAAAAGGCCUCUCCAUUUCCACCAGCCUCCAUUCCUAUACAACCACCCCACUGCUGUACAGGAAAGCCACCAAGUACUGGACAACCUGAAACACGACAGCUCCCAUCACGAUACCUUCGGAGGGCUCCAGUGUAGACCCAGUACCAUGGGUCUGCCUACCCCAGAGAUAGUUGACUUACCGUGGGAUCCGGUCAUAGUGAGGUCCAGGGUGACCUCCAGGCCACCCGGGAAUCCUCAGGUUAACCAACCCAUGACCACAGGGCAUCAUGUGCUUCUGGACAGUCUCCCUCACAUCAAGAUGGACUGUGGUAGCUUUCAGAGUAUGGUGAAAAGGACCUCGUAUGUGCUGAAUGUAUCCUUUUACAAGAGCGUUCUCUUCUUCUUUAUUGAAGGUGUUAUUCAGACAGAAAGGAAAUGAGGUGGGGUUGACGGGCAAGUGGGAGAAACAGUGUUUAACUAUAGAAUACUACCAUAUACUUUACAUUGAGUGAAGCCAGUGAGUCUGUGAUAUUAUAGUGAAGUCAGUGAAUCUGUGAUAUUGUUGUGAAGUCAGUGAAAUCAGUCAUUUAUUAACCAUCAUUUUACCAGGUGACUGAAAACAUAUCGGCUCUUUUACAGUAAUAACCUGGGGGAAGAGUUACAGGGGGAAGAGAGGGGAUGAAUGAGACAAUUGGAAGCUGGGGAUGAUUAGGUGGUCAUGAUGGUAUGAGGGCCAGAUUGGGUAUUUAGCCGGGACACCGGGGUUAACACCCCUACUCUUACCAUAAGGGAUGAAUCAACAUUUACAGAAUGGUUACAUGGAGGAAAAUGGAGAGGGUCAUGCUUUUUCAAUUUGAGUCAAUUUGAGUCUUUUUUAAAUGUAGUCUAGAGGAGAGUUUAGUAUUUUUUUUAUGUAGUCUCAUGGAGGGUUUAGUCUUUUUCUAGAGGAGGGUUGUCUUUUUCAAAAGUAGUCUAGAGGAGGGUUUAGUAUUUUGAUUUAGUCUAG